AUGAGGGGACAGCUCCUGAAGUCACUCGUCUCCCUGAUGAUCACCCUCCUCUUCGUGGGGACCCUGCUGACCACCCUCAUUUGGUACGUGUUGAACGACAAUAAUGUGCAACCUCAGAAAGUGGCUCCUCAGAAAAAAAGUGCGCCCCAGCCGUCCGACCCUUGUAAAGGCUGCAGGGAAAUCAUCGACAAAGUACUACAGCGUUACUCUCCAACCUGGAAGAGGCAAGAGGACAAUUACCAAAAAUUCAGAUCUCAGCUCAACAGCAAGUGCCAUGGGUUUGACAAGGCCAUCAUCACCCAGGCCAACACUCCAGUGGGGCACAAGCUUGUGUACGACGGUGAGAAGAGGAGGAGCCUGCAGGUGACCCCGGAGGUUUUCAGCACCUUUACGAAGGAGCGUCCUUUCUCUAAUAAAACCUGGAACACGUGUGCUGUGGUCGGGAACGGAGGGAUCCUCACCAACAGCAGCUGUGGGCAGAUGAUCGACUCAGCUCAGUUUGUCAUCAGAUGCAACCUACCUCCUCUGCAGAACGGCUACGAGAAACAUGUGGGCACCAAGACCGACCUUGUGACAGCAAACCCAAGCAUCCUCGUGGAGAAGUAUGGGGCUCUGAUGGGGCGUCGGCGUCCUUUUGUGAAGAGCCUGCGCAGCUACGGAGACUCCCUGCUGCUCCUUCCCGCCUUCUCCUACGGCCACAACACGCCCGUGUCCCUGCGGGCAGCCUACACCAUCGAGGACUUUGAAAGCCCCACACGGCCGAUCUUCUUCAACCCCGAGUACCUCCAGAGUCUGGCCGUCUUCUGGCGCUCCCAGGGCCUCAGAGCAGUGCGGCUCAGCACCGGCAUUAUCAUGGCAAGCUUGGCGCUGGAACUCUGCAGCAACGUGCAUCUGUACGGGUUCUGGCCUUUCAGUAAUCACCCACAUGGCCUCCACGCCCUGACUAACCACUACUACGACAACAGACAAACUAAAACGAAAUUUCACGCCAUGCCGGCAGAGUUUGACCUCUUGUUGCGGCUGCACAGUCAGGGCGCGCUCAGGCUUCACCUGGGAGACUGUCCACCUGGUGAAAAGUAGUUCCCCGGAUCCGGGAACGACACCGAAGUGCCUUCUCACGACGAAGCCAAUCCCAUUGCAUGCACUUUUGGUUGAAUGGAUGGAUCUAUUCUGGCUGACGACAAGUGCAAGCAAAGUGGGUGCUCUGAACGAUCAGCAGCAGAGAAAUUUGCCCUGAAAUCAAAAUGCAACAGACUGUAAAUGUUCUCCAAACAGCCUCAUAGUGUAUGUACAACUGUAUUUAUUAACCCAAACGCUCCAGCUGGAGUCUGGAGGGAAGUAUUUUUAACUGGGAAGCCUUUGUGAGGCCUUUGUGAGAGUCUACAUUUUAGUUCCUUAUGCCAAUCAUCUAGUAGUGACUGUUAUUCAUCUGACCAUGGGAGCGUUAGAUCUACCUGAAUGUAUUUUGAAGUAAAUCAACAUGAAGACUGUCUGGCUGCAAAAACUUUAAAUGAAAACACCAGCACACUGAAUGUAAAGAACCUUUUUUUAGUUUUUGUUUAAAGGACAUUUGACCUUUAACCACUCCGAAAAGUAUUCUUGUAACCAAGGUCAACUGAGGGAGAAAUAUGUGUUUCUCGCACACUUAGAUUACACAAAUGCUGUUGCUGUUUAUGGAAGUUUUACUCCACACCGCUGAAACUGAUGCUGGAUGUGAUUCGCACAUGAAGUGAAGGGGGUUGUGGCCCUGUAGCCUUUAGUACAAACCACAGAGGAUCGGUGAGGCUCUGAGCCAAGGCCCGAACAGAGACUCCACAGAAAAAGAGGGGAAUUACAACACUAGCGAACACACGGUUGCUAUGGUGAGCUUGCGUUACAGCGUGUUACCCCCUUGUCACCGUGGCGACCACACAUGGAUAGGUACUGUCACAAAGUGGCAACAUAUUGGUACAGCGUUGGGAUCCAUUUUUAUCUGUUGCUGUCAAUGACAAAUCAAUGUAGAAUUAACUGACUCCAAUGCGAAGUGAUACAAUGAUUGUGAACUGUGCACUUUGGGUGAAAUCUGUUGCACUGGCUGUAAGCUGUCUUCACAAACACACGCACCAAGUCUUACCAGUGAGAAAAUCAUGUGCAAGCUGAGGAUGAACUCCUGGCGAGCCUGUUGAAAAAACCUGUCGUGAUUUUUGUUUUCUUUGCGAAGUUGAGAGAGGACUAAUGAAGUAAA